AUGCCCGAUAUCUCGAUUAGCACAGCCAGCGCCACCCCCGAAACAAAAGGUAAAACGUACCCCGAGAUUUGUAUCGCAGUGCAUCGCUUGGGUAACGGGUAUAUGACGCGAGAAAUCAGUACCGCGGAUAUGGAACAACCGAUGCGCAAGACGUGGAGACAUUUCCUUGAACUCGCCAAAGAAUCUACGUACCCUCACUGUUUCGGCAAGAGAGAUUUGAUUCUGAUGAUCCUACAAUUCAAACAGCUUGGGACAAUCACCAGACUUAAAGAAGGUGGUGGUUCAUCUGAGGAUCGAGAAGAAGAGGCGAUCUUUCCGAACGGCCAACACCUCUGGACCGAUCUUCCUUAUCUUGUGGAGGGCAUACACACCUACUGGGCAGACGAGGUUUGCAAGCUACGACCACCUGAGCUGGAGUGGCUAUCUAAUUGGACAUCUCGACUUCCUUCCGUGGGCAUUUGCCUUGCUUGA